UCGUUACCGCCACCAUAUUUUAGGAAGUGUUCCUCCUGACACUUACUCCGAGCCUCUGAUCGAUGCUUGCUGCCUUGCACCUUAGCAGGGUGCUGGCUCGCUCUACCGGUGGUUCUGUAUCGCCAUGUAUACACACAUCUUCAGUGCUGUUGUCUCCAGCACGUCGAAAGGGCCGGAAGAGCAAUUCGAAGACUCCUUCCUCUCCGAAAUCACGCCUGGCAAAAUCCCUGAAGCCUACUGGGAAGGCCAAAAGACUUGGAACGUUGGAGGUCGCACCCAAGUUAACCAGGGACAGGGCACCUCAUGAAGGAAGGACACCAUAUGAACCAAGUCCUUCUCGAAGGCGACGCAUUUCCGAACCGGUGACGUCGACCAGAUCCGCAGAGAAAAAGCACUUCGCUGCCUUGGCACACUCGGAACGCGUCGACAGACGCGCAGCGGCAGCCCAGGGGCGACGAGGUUCUACCGUUGGCCCAAUGGAAAAAGAAUUUGAUAUCACAUCUUCCACAUCCCUCGGAGGUCUACCGAAAAACUUCAAGUCUUCUCCCCUGCUUCCGGGCCUCCUCCAAUGUUUACAUGAGCUCAUUGGCGAGAAUGCCAAACCAACAGCAAUCCAGGCUCUUUCUUUGAAGCAUCUCAUCAAGCAGCGCAACUCGGAUUCGAGGUGGAUAGAAUGCUUACUUGCGAGUGAGACCGGGUCAGGGAAGUCGAUAGCGUAUUUGCUUCCACUCCUUCAGGACUUGAAACGCACCGAACUCGAGAGUCAAGCUUCUUCGCGGAAAUCAUCGAGACCACUCAAUCCUCGUGCUUUGGUCCUGGCGCCGACUCAUGAGCUCUCGCGACAAUUAGCAGGUUUUGCCAAAAAGCUUUCGCAUAUUGUCAAACUACGUGUCAUGUGCGCGUCGAGGGCAAAUGUGCCUAGCACAGCUAAGGAAAAAGGGACCGCAUCGAAGAUGAAAAGGCUGAUGGAGGGAGUAGACCACAACGAUGGCGCAGAGAUCUUCAUUCCCGGUAAUGGGCGCGCAUCUCGGCCGGUCGAUUUACUGGUAGGUACCCCGAUGAAAAUGCUGGAGUUAGAAAGGGGUAGGGGAUGGAACUGGGAGCAGCGCGCACGCGAACGUGCAUUGCGCAUCAAUACCAAGGAUGGUGUAGCAGGACAGGACUCGCUCCAGGAAGCAUCCGCUGUCGACUUGGGACGGAAGUUCUGGGUCGACGAGCCCGAAAUGGGACUGGAAAAGGUGGGGUGGGUGAUAGUGGACGAAGCGGACGUGUUAUUUGACCCUGACUUCCAAGAAUCCACCUGUAUGCUGCUAGCAGACAUAGCUGCGGCACGCGGUUAUCCUGUCCCCGUAACGCCAGCACAUAUGCUGGUCCCGCAAGACACACAACAAAAGGUGGAAAUCACAGCUCAGCCGAUAUCCUACCCUUUCAAUUUCCUCCUUACCAGUGCAACGAUUCCAAACUCCCUAAGCAACUACCUCGCAACUUACCAUCCUACACUGACACGGCUUGCUUCCCCCCAUCUACAUCAUCUACCUCGCACUCUCCGUACGGAACAUGCUUCCUGGACUGGUGGAAACAAAGAUGUAGAUAUCGAACGUCGCAUUCGCCGCGUAUGGGCGGAAGACGCACUUGUUCACGCCAAGACAACCCACGGAAGCCCCCGGCCAGUUAAGCUUUCUAAAGUCAUCGUUUUCUGUAACAAAAGGCGCAAGGUUGAAGAACUCGGCGCUUUCCUUGACGGUCGCGGCAUCAAAUGCGUCGCGCUUACCGGCAAUGCAGAUGGUCGACAGCGAGGUUCCAAUCACCACUUGGAUGGUUUCUUGAAGCAGAACUCGACUGAUGUUGCCGUACCUUCCCUGUCGUCAGAUCCAGCAGUUACGCCUCACGUUCUAGUGACUACGUCAUUGCUUUCACGGGGACUUGACUUCCACCCUAACAUCAAGCAUGUCUUUAUUGUGGACGAACCUCGGAAUAUGAUCGACUUUUUGCACCGUGCUGGUAGAACCGGGCGGGCGGGCGAGGUGGGAAAGGUUGUCGUAUUUGGGCGUUCCAAAGGACGGGGCAGCGGUCGGGCCGUAGAGGUGCGAAGGAGGAUUGGGGCAUUCGCAGCCUGAGUUGUUGUGCAGACUUCUUAUGCAUAAUUACAGCCAGCUCACUUCAUUCUAAUCUCACAGUGUGCUUACAGCGGUUCUUACAUACAACACCUACCUUACUCUGGAGUUUUACAACAAGCACUCAUUCUUCAAUUCUGAAAGCCAUGAUUAUGCAAAACAUCGGAGUAAGUUUGC